AAUUAGCCCUCUGCCAAUCUGGGCUGGCCCCUGUGCUUCCAUAAAGAGCAUCCCCGUGGGCAGGGGCAGCCCUUGCUGUGUCCCACCAUGGCAUUCAGUGGCACCUGGAACAUCUACGCUCAGGAGAACCUCGAGGCCUUCCUCAAGGCUCUGGGGUUGCCAGAUGACACCAUCAAAAUGGCCAAAGAUAUUAAGCCUGUUGUUGAAAUACAACAAAAAGGCAAUGAUUUUGUUGUGACAUCCAAAACACCCAACAAAUCUGUAACCAACUCAUUUACACUGGGCAAGGAGGCUGACAUCACCACCAUGGAUGGCAGGAAGCUGAAGUGCACUGUGAACUUGGUCAAUGGGAAGCUGGUGUGCAAAUCAGACAAAUUCUCUCAUGAGCAGGAAGUAAAAGGAAAUGAAAUGGUGGAGACCAUAACAUAUGGUGGAGUAACACUUGUCAGAAGAGGCAAGAAAGCCUAAAGACAGAUCCUCCUGUGUGACACCUUUACAUACCUGAAAUAAAGUGCACUUUCCACAAA